AUGGUUCUUCAAUUACACGGUUUCCCCACCUCAACCUGCACUCUGCGUGUCGCAGUCGUUUGCAAGGAGAAGAAUAUUCCAUUUGAUUUCACCUUGGUCGAUCUCCUCACGGGUGAACAUAAGAAGUCUCCCUUUACCGACGUUCAACCGUUUGGGCAGGUUCCCUAUAUCGACGAUAACGGCUUCGUUUUGUACGAAUCACGUGCCAUCGGUCGUUAUCUAGCAACAAAAUAUGCGUCUCAGGGUACACCUAAUCUGGUCCCAGCUGAUCCCAAGGCAAACGCACUUUUUGAACAAGCAGCGUCUAUCGAAACGGCCAAUUUCGAUGUGUUCGCUUCCGGGCUGGCCUGGGAGCUGAGAUUCACAAAAAUGUACGGUGGCGAGACGGAUGAAAAGCGCGUUGCAACCCUUAUUGCCUCUCUGCAGGCCAAGUUGGACGCUUAUGAUGUGAUCCUUGGACAACAGAAAUAUCUCGGUGGCAACGACGUAACUUUAGCUGAUUUAUUCCACCUUCCCUACGGUUCCGUCAUCGUCAGCAUCGGAGUCAAUGAGUUUGAUAAACGGCCAAACGUUGCUAGGUGGUGGAAAGAUAUAUCUACCAGACCUUCGUGGUUGGCAGUCAAGAAUGGUUUAUGA